AUGGAGACGGAGACAGGAACUAGGGUUUUUCUAUCAAACGAAGAACAACAACAAGAAGAGCCAUUGUUACCACGUCCCAUGGUGAUAUCUCUCUAUCUUGGCUAUUUUCUUGCUCGAUGGGGUGCAAGAACAUGGGAAUUCUCAGUGGCUCUGUAUAUGAUUUACCUCUGGCCAAACUCUCUGUUUCUCACUGCGAUGUACGGUGCUGUAGAAUCCGGUUCGACCGCCAUUUUCGGUCCCAUCGUAGGGCAAAUGAUCGAUGGAAUGAGCUAUGUUAAAGUUCUAAGACUCUGGCUUGUAACUCAAAACCUCUCCUUCAUUGUUGCUGGUGUUGCAAUCGUUGCUUUGCUGCUUGCUCCUGAUCUCAAGUCUCAGAAUUUCCCGCUUUUCGCAACGUUGGUCGUGUUGACGAAUCUUUCCGGCGCCGUCGGAGUACUCUCCACUCUUGCAGGCACCAUUCUCAUCGAACGAGACUGGGUUGUGGUUAUGUCGGAAGGUCAUUCGCCGGCGGUUUUAACAAGAAUGAACUCUGUGAUUAGAAGCAUUGACUUGAGCUCGAAGCUACUGUCUCCGGUUAUCACUGGUUUGAUCAUUAGCUUUGUCUCUCUGAGAGCAUCAGCGAUCACAUUCGCGGCUUGGGCUACUAUAACCGUGUGGAUCGAGUAUUGGCUCUUCAUCUCUGUGUAUAGUGGUGUUCCUGCGAUAGUACAAAGCGAUGCGAGAAGGAGUUCAAGGUUAAUGUCUCGAACGCAAGCAGAAGAGACAGACAUUGCAUCUCGUUAUCUUCAUGUUCCUCUUUUGCAGGGAACAACCUCAGAGGACAACAUACCAAGUAGAAGCGGAAUCAUGAGGAUUCUUGAGAGAAUCUCUGGAUCUUCUUUUGUUGCUGCUUGGAGGAAUUAUCUCAACCAAGAAAUUGUGCUCCCUGGAGUUGCUCUAGCUCUAUUGUUCUUUACCGUCCUCAGGUUUCCUUUUGACUUCUCUCUUUUGAUCUUCUCUCUCUCUCUCUUGUGUUUGGAAUAUGAUAUAGUUUUGUUUUGCAACAGUUUCGGAACAUUGAUGACGGCGACAUUGGAGUGGAAAGGGAUACCUACUUAUAUCAUUGGUAUAGGCAGAGGAAUCAGCGCAGGUGUUGGACUAGCUGCUACUGUCGUCUACCCUCUCAUGCAAUCCCGUCUCUCGCCGCUUAGAACCGGACUCUGGUCCUUCUGGUCUCAGUGGACCUGUCUUUUGGUCUGUGUUGGAUCGAUAUGGGUUGAGACAGAGAAAAUAGCAUCAUACAUGCUCAUGGCUGGGGUUGCUGCGUCUAGGCUUGGCUUGUGGAUGUUCGAUCUAGCCGUAAUCCAACAAAUGCAGGAUCUUGUACCGGAAUCAGACCGUUGUGUGGUUGGCGGUGUUCAGAACUCGUUGCAAGCGGCUCUUGACCUGAUGGCUAAUCUUUUGGGUAUCAUUGUGUCUGAUCCUAAGGAUUUCAGGAUAUUGACGUUAUUCUCGUUUAGUACGGUUUCUUUAGCCGGGAUUCUCUAUACAGUUCAUGUCCACCGUAUCAGAAAACAUAUAUUUCACUUGGACAAGAUUCCUUUAUUGAACAACUUUUUUGUUUCAUAA